UAAAUCGCUAAUUUUUCUGGAUAGCCCACAAUUUUCAUUUUCCAAUCGGAAACGAGGGCACAUUGAUGGGCUUGUUUAGUGCAAAUUUUCCUUGAGAAAAUGUUUUAUUUAGGAAAAUAAUGUGAUAGUUUGGUGUGGAUUGCCUAAUUAAAGUUGAAGGAAUCAUUUUCAUCUUUUACUCUCGUUGCGAAAGCAUAUUAUGCCUAAUAGUGACUCAUCCGGUGGAAUCUACUCCCCUAUUCCGCAAACGACGAUUACCGAUUCCGAGAGCGAAGAGGAUCUACUGCAGCGACCGAGAAGACUCCCGGGAGGAGGCCCGUACCGCGCACGAGUGACCAUGAUGAAUGGCGCAGGUGGUGGAGAUCCCAUGACGACGACGACGACGGCGACCAUGAUGAAAAGUCGAAUGAUGUUCACUUCAACGACCAGCAACGGAGCCGGUGGCGGCGUUUUGGUGUCAGCGACAGGUGGACCAGGUGCUGGAAACGGACACCAGAUGUCGGUGGCUUCGAGGAAUCACCAACACCAGAUGGCGAUCAAUGGAAGUGGUGGGGAGAAGGGGAAUGCGUUCAGUAACAGCUUGUAUAAUGGCCUGGCUAGCCCGAGCGAUGUGGAGGAUGCGAAUGGGGUUUUUCACGCGGACAAUGUGGCCAUUUUGCAUGAGGCCGGCUCUGUCGGGGAACGACGGAUGUCUUUUCCCAGGAAGUGCUGCUUUGUGGCUUCGCUGGUGGUUUGUUUUAUGUCGUUGGUGGUAUUCCUGUGGGUGAUUCCUUGCUCGGAUGACUUGGCUUGUCCGGCGAGAGCUGAGCGGACGAAGACGCAGAACUGGAUCCGGAACUAUGAGAAGAUUGAGCUGAAAGGGGUGAUAAAUGUCGUGGAAGGAGUCCGAGGCAAGAGCAAGAAUUUGGUGUUUAUGUAUCGAGGGGAUAAAUUGUUUCCGGAAUUCCAGGAGUCAUUUAAGCGGAGAAAUGGGAUCAUAUCUUUGGUUGGAAGCUCCGGAAAGGUGGCUUGGUACGAUGAGAUGAUAAAUGAACCGAAGAGUAUCGACUGCACUUUGAUCGAUGCGGAUCUGAAUGGAGCUCCGGAUUGUCUGGUGAUGGAUGAGUAUGGACAACUUGAGUGUAUUAAUCCGCUUUCUGGAGAAUGGAUUUGGCACUCGCCGAUCUACGAUCGGAAAAAUGUUUUGAAACAGAACGAUUUGUUGGAUUUCCCUCUGGUCAUACCGGAUGUUGAUGGUGACGGAGUUAAGGACCUGUUUUACAUAACCAGUUUUGGGGAGACCAAGCAUAACAAAUUCGUCAUGAUUUCUGGACGUAAAGGAGAACUGAUUGGAGACUCUUACAUUGUAAAGGAAUGCAUUUACGUUCACAAGUUGAUGAUCGACGCUGAUCUCAAUGUGAUGUUUAACUGUGUACGGGAAAAGUCCGAACAGCAGCGUUCCAAACCUUUGUCUGAACUGUAUAAGCUGAUAAAACGGAAGGCGUUGGAUAUGAGGAAGAUCAAGAAACCGGUUGAUCUACCCCAGCAUAAAUUUUUCGGGCAACGGAAGAACACCGAGAAGCAAAUAUCUAUAACCCGGGUAGGAGGAAAACAGUUGGUCAUCGAAAAUCGAGGAAAAUGUCCGGAAAAUUGUUCAACUUCAGUUUUACUGACCGAGGAAAACACCGGAAAACUUUUGUGGAACGUUUCCGGUCGUCAGCUUUACGGCAUGCAACCGGUUCGACUUACUUUCAGUAACUUCGGAGUCGACAAUCGAUCGACGAUCUAUGGGUUCGUCAUCAAAUUUUGGGAAUGGAGUCAGGACGAGCCGGACAAUAGGAGCUCCCGAGUGAAGCGAGGCACCUCGAGUGAUCUAUUCUCCCACCUGAUAGUCAAAAAACAAACCUGGGUCCUGCCGGAUGAUCUCAGCGAAGAAAGUCCAUCACCGAAAACCCGCCGAAGUGUCAACCAAACCUUGCGCCCAGGUAUCAAAGCCCGCAUGCGAUACCUCAAGGAAACGGUCAAGCUGAUCGUGUUCAAUUCCACCGACAUCAAAAUCGAAAACACCAGCCAAUCGAAUGUGAUCCAAUUUUGCAAGGAAAACCUCAAGGAUCCCACGGACACAAUCUGCCAGCCCGAUCUGAACUAUCAGGAAAAUUCCCUCUUGAUCGCCGACCUGGACGACGAUCGUUCCCAGGAACUGGUCUCGUUCUACUCAACCUUUGUCAAAGCCGAUCCAGGCGAAGCUGCCGGUCUAGGACGUUCCGGAAUCCGGCUAAAAACGUUCGUCCAGUUGCUGCGACUCGAAUCCGAACUACCCAAGCUGUACAACUCGAUCGAGUCGAUACGCAACUGAGCGCUGUCGCAAUAAAGUCGCUUAAAGAAACCACGAAAAACAGCAAAAGCGCAUCAUGUGUGAUCUCAUACCUUAAACCUUAGAGUCGACAAUGUGUUAGAGAUUUUGUUACCCGUAAAACAGUACGUUUAUGUUUAUUGAAAAAUGUAUUUAAGCUAAUAAGUGAUCUUUGAAUGAAACUCCAUAUAGGAUCCGUGAAAUGGAACUCAUCUGUAGGUUAAAGUGGAAGUCGUGAAUAUACUCUCAUAGUAUUUCUUAGUCUUAGAACCAUAAACGGAGCUAGUCAGUGACUUUUAAAAAACCCCAAACAACAAACUGCACCAAACAGACGAAAAAAACCAACACAAACUAUCAUUAAAUUUGAACAUCGUUUAUUCAAUAUGGAACCUCUUGUGGGUUUCGUGUCGAAUUAACGAGGUUCUAUGGUUGAAACUACAAUAUUUUGCACCGUUACAUAAACCUUAAAACGGAAAACUUUUUAUGAGAGAAAAUGCAAUAUAAAUCUUUCAACAAUCUUUGAACAGUAAAAGUGAACAUGAACAUACCUACUAUAUUUAUCGAUAGCGAUUCAUCACUCAUGAAAACGGAAAUUUUCUGAAAAAUCAAGAGAGAGAAUCUAAAACAAACUAGCAAAAACCAAAGUGAAACUUAGUUGUGGUGACAUAUAUUGCAUAGUAAAC